UUUUUCUGUGUUUUCCUGCUGUUGGCUGAUGUUUUGAAGAACAGAGUGCCAAGAAACUUUCCUCCUGGACCGUGGGCUCUGCCUUUCAUUGGUGAUCUUCAUCGCAUCCAACCUGCAAGACUUCAUCUGCAGUUCACAGAGACAACUGAAACACAACGCAGAGCUACGCAGGUUUUGUGGAGGGGCGCCAAACAUAGCAGACGUGCAGACCCUGUGGGUUACAUCUUUGGUGCCGUGACCCGGAUUGUGAUGAGCAGAGACCAACGCCGGAGUGGACAUUUGCUGUUGUCAAUAAUUACAUGAGCGGUAAGAAGAAAAAGAAGGAAAACAACGUAAAAAUGUGGCAGAACUGUGCAGAUUCUCCAUCGACACAAGGAGGCAGUCCCACUGCAGCUCAAGUUGUUCACCAGCCGACUCCAUUCCACCAUGUGAGUAAGGAGCCAUCUCAGAGCCCCCCUCCCCCAAUGUUGUCACCUUAUACGGAUCAGAGUGCUACUCCAGGACCCGCAUGUACACUCCCAGGCCCUGAGGUCCAAAGACAGCCUUCAUCCCACUAUGAUGUCUCCACGGGUGCAACACCAGGCUACAGAGUGCAAAGGUCUGACUAUACCCUGCCCAGUGCGACCCCCCCAGUGAAGACUACCGUACCUCAAGUCGGCGUGCACAUGCCCGGCAAUGACCACCCAACUGGGUCCACUUAUCCAAGUCAGUCGGUCAGUCCUAGCCCCCAUGCCUACCCAGGCUUCCUGCUUUCCACACCUCUGCCUCAGGCCCCCGUGGAAGACAUACAAGACCCCACAACCAUGAACAUGAUGAACUGCCCAGGAACUAGAAGUAAUGCUUUUCACGCCUCAGAGUAUAGACCACCACCUCAGUUCCACAGUACAUCAGCUGCUGUUGUUACAUUCCAGGGCCCUGCCCAAGGUGACCUCCUCCCUAUGUAUGCAGCUACUGCCAUCACAGAGAUCCCUCUCUCUUCAGCCCAUAUCCCUCCAUCUGUACCAUCUGCAAGCUAUGGCUAUGUGGCCCCAAAUCUUGCCUCAAACUCAUCACUGAGACCACAGAUGGCCCCAAACCAUCCCAUCUACAUGGUCCCUGAGACACAUGCACACCAAAGCACCCCAUACUCCUUCCCCAAGCCACCACUUCACCCCCCACUGAGCGUGCCAUCAUCAAUGCCCCCUCCCACGACCAUAGUCAACCAAAGUUUUCCUCCAAUAGGAAGUUUUAUGCAAACUCACCAGGUGAAAAAUGUUCAAGUCUUCACUGGUAAUGCUGAUAGCAAGAUUCUGGUGGAGGAUUGGGUGCGAGACAUGCAGUACCUCCUUGAAGCAAUUGAGCUCCCAAUUCACCUCCGUUUCUCCACUGUCGUGCGGCAUCUGGGAGGUGAAGCCAGAAAGCUUGUCCUAAACCUGCCUCCACAGGACCAGACACCUGAAAAAGCGUUCGAGGAACUGAAAGCAGAGUACAGUGAUGCACAAGGUUCCCUUGACCCACUAGCUGAUUUUUAUGAACGUAGUCAGAAGUCAGGUGAGUCAGCCUGCUCCUAUGCCAUCGCUCUUGAGUCUAUAUUAAGAUCAGUAGAGGAGGGUGAAAGAGGAGGCAGGCCUUUCCCAGAUCGAGAUAAUAAACUCACUCGACAGUUUUUAAGAGGGCUGUCUGAUGAAGAAGUGUACACAAGAAUUGCCCCAAUGAAGCCUAGACUCCUGAGUUUCAGAGAACUGCAGGCUGAGCUUAGAAACUUAGCUCGAGAAACUAAAAAGUUCCAGUCACAGCAAAAAGCAAAGAAAACCUAUGCUCAAGUGCAUGUCACAUCAGAGUAUGGUGGAAAUGAGAGGGCAGAGAAAUCUAGAUAUGCCACGGAAAUAUCAGAAUUGACUGAAAUAGUUAAGAAAUUAGCCCUCAACCAAGAAGAACAGAUGGCCAAAUUAUCCCAUUUAGAGUCAAGAGUGGCGGCCCCACACUCAGUCCCUCCCCCAAGAAUCCAGCCUUCACAAGGGAUAACAGGUCAGGGUGUGGGUGUUACAUGCCACCAGUGUGGGAAGCGUGGACACAUAGCUCGAGUCUGCAGGGCAGUAUUCCUGGAAGGCCGUCAGCCCCACUCCACGACCCCUGCAGAAGGGAACACACCCCAUCCAGCUCAGCAUUUAAAUGCCUGAAGCCCAUGGUAGCUGGGGAAACCAUGGGCAAGCAGCAAGACCCCCACCCACAAGUUCAAAUAACCAAAGAUGAAAGAAAAGGGACCCCCUUAGUAGGCCCCAGGAAUGAAGGGGAGGUAAAGGUGAAUGGACUAAAGUGCAGGGCUCUCAUUGACUCUGGCUCCCAAAUAACCAGUAUUACUCACAGUUACUGGAGCUGCCACCCAGUUCUCAGAGGACAGAAUCUGCAGCCUUCUAAAGUGCCCAUAGAGGGAGCAGCAGGGCAAACGGUGCCCUAUUAUGGUGUUAUACACGUUGAACUGAGUGUGUUGGGAAAAGAGUAUAAGGCUGUCCCUACUUUUGUUGUUCCUGAUUCUGACUACCGUUCAUCAGUCCCCUUACUUGUGGGAACCAAUGUCAUUCGAGCAUCAAAGAGCCACCUUCAAGCAGUCUAUGGGCUGCAGUUUCUCCAUCAGGUGAAAGAAAGCCAUCCAGAGUGGUAUACUGCUUUACUGGAAAUGGGAGAUGCUGAGCAGGGUGGAAUGGAUGACUUGGUGGGCCCUGCGGUGUACAUUGGCCGCAAAAUUAGAAUCCCUGCUGGAAAAGAGAUGGAUCUGAGAUGUAAAAUCAAAGCUGGUCCACAAAGAAAGACAUAUACAGCCCUGAUUGAAAGCCACAGCGCACUAAAGCUUCCCCAAGACCUCUUGGUUGCUAAAGUUUUGGCAGAUGUAAAGAAGGGCUGUGCACCUGUAAGAGUGAUGAACCUUUCUCAACAUGCUAUCACCAUUAAGCCACACACUCAUCUGGCCAAGGCUUUUCUAGUUGACCGGGUUAUGGACUUUUCUGAUGAAAUGGAGAGCAACUGUCCAGACAGCAGAAAUAAAGACACUUGCAUGAGUCUAAAUCACAUGGUGUCAGGCUGUGGUGUGGACUUGAGUGGAGCCGCAGUGGAAAACGAACACCAACGCCUCCAGCUUAAAGAGCUUCUGGAGAAGAACGCAGGUGUGUUCUCUCAGCAUCCUUUGGACUAUGGUCACACAAAAACAGUACAGCAUGAAAUACCCCUGGUUGACACAAGGCCGUUUAGACUGCCAUACCGUAAAAUCCCCCCUUCCCAGUGGCAAGAUGUGAGGCGGCUGCUGACGGAGAUGGGAGCUGCAGGGGUCAUCAGACCAAGUAAGAGCCCGUAUGCAUCGCCUGUGGUGAUCGUUGUAAAAAAGGAUGGGUCACUGAGACUGUGUGUUGACUAUAGAAAGCUAAAUGCCUGCAGCACCAGAGAUGCAUUUCCCCUGCCGAGAAUAGAGGAGGCUCUAGAGUCACUGGGGGAAGCAAAAUAUUUCUCCACUCUGGAUCUCACCUCUGGUUAUUGGCAGGUGGAGGUGGCUGAGCCUGAUAAACACAAGACGGCAUUCAGUACUCCCAUGGGGCUUUUUGAAGCUAACAGGAUGCCUUUUGGACUACAGAAUGCCCCCUCUACCUUUCAGAGACUGAUGACAUGUUGCUUUGGAGACCUGAACUUUACUCAUCUCUUAAUCUACCUUGAUGACCUGAUUAUUUUCUCUAAAACCUUUGCUGAGCAUCUUGAGAGGUUACAGCUGGUGUUUGACUGCCUGCAGCAGCAUGGUUUGAAGGUAAAGCCCUCCAAGUGCCAGCUUGUUAGGAAAGAAGUGCAGUAUUUAGGUCACCUGGUGUCUGCAGAGGGCAUCAGGACAGACCCAGAUAAAAUCAGCAAAGUCAAGGACUGGGCCAGGCCUGCCAGUCGCAAAGAAGUGUUGCAGUUCCUGGGCUUUGCAGGCUACUACAGGCGCUAUGUGCAAAACUACUCUGCCUUGGCAGCUCCUUUGUAUCGCCUCACCUCUGGAGACCCCAAACGGAAGAAAAGGGGAAAUAAGAUGGUCUCUGACACUCUCUUUGAGUGGACUAAAGAGUGCGAGGAGGCAUUUCAGGCCCUGAAGGACAGGUUGACGAGGGCACCGGUGUUGGGAUACCCAGACUACAGUCAGCCCUUUGUGCUUCAGACUGAUGCAUCUGGGGGAGGGCUUGGUGCUGUGCUGGCCCAAAUCCAGGAUGGAGCAGAGAGGGUCAUAGCUUAUGGCAGCAGAGGGCUGACUCCACCAGAAACAAGGUAUCCUGCUCAUAAAUUGGAAUUCCUGGCCUUAAAGUGGGCAGUCACUGAGAAGUUUUAUGACCAUCUCUAUGGGCGCAGGUUCUCAGUGUUGACAGAUAACAAUCCCCUCAAAUAUGUGAUGACCUCUGCUAAGCUUGAUGCCACUGGCCAGCGGUGGGUUUCUCAACUAUCCACAUUUGACUUUGACGUCCAGUACCGCAGAGGACAGAAUAACUCCAAUGCUGAUGCACUCUCCCGCAUGUCAAACCAGAAUGUUAUGCAGGUCCUCCAAACUUGUACACAACAAGUUCAAAUUGUUGCACAAAAACACACUGAGACUCAACUGAUACAGGAUACUCAACAUGCUUCUGCUGAGCCGACUGCUGUUACAGAGAAACCCAAACCUGGUGAAUCUCCAGUGCCCGCUGAGCCCUACAUGGAUGUCGGUGUGGAGUUACUGCCUGCCAUGACUGUACAGGAGAUCCGUGCGGAGCAAAAGGACGACCCUGUCAUUGGCCAGAUUCUGUUCUUUAGAAGUCGUCACCAGAAACCGAACCGCAGUGAGAGGAGCAAGGUGGGGGAGCUUGGCUGCCUUCUCUUAAAGGAGUGGAGGAGGUUAGUAGUAAAAAAUGGUAUAAUGUACCGACGCAUCAAAAACAGCCAAUCAGAAACAGUGGAACAGCUGAUAUUGCCAGAGAAGCAGCGCACGCUCGUCAAAACAGCUCUUCAUGAUGACUCGGGACAUCUAGGGUUUGAAAGGACAUUGCAGGCGAUAAGAGAAAGAUUUUACUGGCCAAGAAUGUUCCAAGAAAUCAAGGCUUGGUGUGAGCAGUGUGAGAGAUGCUGCCUCAGAAAGACACCCACUGCAGGCUGCCGAGCCCCUCUCACCAGUAUUCAUAGCAGUGCCCCCUUAGAGUUGGUAUGUGUGGAUUUUUUGUGCUUAGAAAAAUCAAAAGGUGGUAUUGAAAAUGUGCUCAUUGUUACAGAUCACUUUUCUCGAUAUGCACAGGCCUAUCCCACUAAAGACCAGAAGGCUGGCACAGUUGCAAAGGUUCUGUGGAGAAAUUUCUUCUGCCGGUUUGGUUUCCCUGCAAAACUGCAUGCCGACCAAGGGCGCAACUUUGAAAGUGCUGUUGUGAAAGAGCUGUGCAAAUUGACUGGUAUUACCAAAACCCAUACAACUCCCUAUCACCCUCAGGGCAACGGGACCACUGAGAGAUUUAACCGGACUCUUAUGAACAUGCUGGGUACCCUUGAGCCUCACUUGAAGCCCCGGUGGCAUGAAUAUGUGGAUGCAAUGACACAUGCCUACAAUUGCACACAGCAUGACUCGACUGGGUACACGCCAUACUACCUGAUGUUCGGUAGACACCCCAGACUCCCAGUUGACCUGAUGUUUGGACUCCCCACCACUAAUCAGCCAUCUGGAUACAGUGAAUAUGUUCGGACUCUGCAUGACUGCCUGUCACAUGCCUAUGCGCAGGCAAAUGAGACAUCUCGGCAUGCUAAAGGACUACAGAAAAAACACUAUGACAAAAAAGCAAAGGAUCAAGCAUUCAGCUCGGGGGAUAGAGUCCUGGUCAAAGUGUGUCACGUGGAGGGGCGACAGAAACUGGGAGACAGGUGGGAGUCACGCCCAUACAUUGUGGUGAAAAAGCAACCCAACUUACCUGUCUAUGUGGUGCGCCAGGAGGAUGGUGAAGCAGAAAGAGUUGUUCACCGCAAUCUCCUCACCCAGUGCAUGUUCCUCCCAGUGGAACAAGUACGAGGAGCAGUAGUGGAAGAGGAAAUGUCAGAUGUGGAGGCAGACAAUACAGUGGAGAAAGAGGAGGACUGGGAUAUUGGCAGGACAUUGGACAAUGAGGAGAGGAUUCAAUCUGAGACUGCUAGUGAGGAGGAUGAGGGCACAGAGAUGCUUAAUGUGGAUUCUGGCCCAGUAAGUGGAACUGGAGAGCCCAGUGUGGCUGUCAGUGAUACCGACUCAUCCCCAGUCGCUGGUGCAGUUAGGAGGAACCCACCUAGAAAUCGUCACCCUCCAAAGAGACUGUUAUGUGGGUCACAUGUGAAAACAGACAAUGAGGAGCAAAGGAUACAGAGAGGUUGGGAGCUGUGGCAGAGGGCCAAAGCAAGAAGAGCAGCGAGUCACACCUAGAUUAAGGAUGUACUCAUCAAAAACUCUUUUACACAUUAACCCUUUACUUUUCAGCGUUAUUUAUCUUUACUGUUCCAAUUUUCAGGUGGUCUGCUGUGUCAAUAACAGUGAGAGACAAUGGUUUUUAAUCUGUGUUUAGUCUGAUGACUGGGACGCCAUCAAUCAAAGAAGGGGUGGAUGUAGGGCAGUAACUAAAUCACACCACUAGGUGAUGCUCUAGCACUGCAUGUUGUUUAACUGAGCCAAGGAGUCCUAACAUUUUGUCCUUUAUAGGUCACCGUAGUUUGGUCUCGUUUUCGGUGGAGGGCGCCAUGUUUCGCCAGAUUUUCUGUGUUUUUGGACUGUUGAAGGCUGUAUGUGCGCGAGUUGGCCACAAUAAAGGUCUCAGUCACAAUUAAGACCGCUGCCGUCUGCUCCUCUUCUCUCUCUGCAUGACACCCUGCACCCAAAGACAACUGAAACACAACGCAGAGCUACGCAGGUUUUGUGGAGGGGCGCCAAACAUGGCAGACGUGCAGACCCUGUGGGUUACAGUAGAAUGGGGCUAACUGUAUAUAGGCUAAUGGGGCCAUAACUGGGUAAUGAGGACAUCUCCCCUGAGAAACUGAAUAAGUUGGCUGUAAAAUGAAUGCAUCUAAGUAGAACCUGACCUCAUGAGUCACCAAGGUGUUUCACCACAACACAAAUCUGCUGUCU